GUGUCCGUACAUUCUCUCUUUGUGAGACUUAUUAGGCGUCGUAGUCAUACUCCGUCCUUUUCCCUCACCCUUCAAUAUGGCCCGCAAAGCUACCGCUGCCCCCGCGCCUAGUACACGCACGACGCGUUCGAGCACUGCUACUAGUAACAGGGAUGGGACGACGAGUACGUCCCAAACGGGGGACAAACACGCGCUGGACGACGCGAAGGAGGACGAUGACGACGUGAAGGCCCCCCCUGCGAAGAAAUCCCGUGGUGCUGCAAAGAAGACAGCUAAGGUGGACGUCGUCAAAACUAUUCCCGUGAAGACCACAGACAACGACGAUGUGGCUAUGGACGGUGCGGCGGACGGGGUAGUGAAGGAUGAUGAUGGGAAGCCAAAAGGCAAGGCGAAGGCGAAAGGGAAGGGGAAGGUAAAGGAGAAGCAGGCAGCAAAACCUGAUGUGGCUGAGGAUGAUGAAGGUGCCAAGGAUGAUGCAAAGGACAAUGUAGGCGAUGUUGAUGAUGGUACCGAGCCCAAGGCGAAUGAACCCCCGGCAAAAAUGAAGACUGUCGUCAAGCGGGGAAAGGCACCUGUUGACCCCGAGUCGUCCUACGUCAACACCCAUCAAGUCUACGUCGAUGGAGCUGACGAAGUAUACGACGGCAUGCUCAUGCAGACCAACAUCGGUGUGAAUGCGAACAAGUUCUACUCCCUCCAGCUCCUUCACCCAGUGACCAAUACCAGCACGAUCCUCUUGCACACCCGCUGGGGCAGAGUGGGCGAGAAGGGCGCCGCGCAAGACAAGGGACCGUAUCCCCCAGCUCUUGCCGUCGUAGAGUUCAAGAAGCAGUUCAGGAGCAAAACAGGGUUUGCUUGGGAGAGUAGGAAGACAUUCACUGCCAAGCAGGAGAAGUAUGGCUUCGUCGAGCGUGAUUUUGAAGCACAGGAAGAGGAAGAGGAGAAAGCCGACGACAAGACGAAGGGGAAGAAAGUUACCAAGCAGGAAGUGAAGAUUCCCGAUAGCGCUAUCCACGUCGAGCUGCAAAAUCUCAUGAAACUCAUCUUCAACACCUCGUACAUGAAUGCGACCCUGUCCUCUUUCUCCUAUGAUCAGAACAAGGCGCCGCUGGGAAAGAUGUCAAAGGCUACCUUGCUGAAAGGAUUCGGAGAGCUCAAGAAAAUCAGCGAGGCGAUCGCGAACCCUACUUCACAGGAGGUGCUCAACAGUGGGGGCCUUAGAAAUGCUUGCGCACAAUACAGCAACCAAUACUACACAUAUAUCCCGCAUGUAUUUGGGAGAAAUCCGCCGACCAUCAUCGAUAACCAAGUUCUCUUGCAGAGAGAAUUGGAUCUCAUCGACGCACUUGGUGAUAUGGAGGUCGCCUCAAAACUGCUCUCGGACUCGAUUUCGCAGACCGAGGACGGUACUCUUAUACAUCCGCUCGACGCGCAGCUUGCUUCGCUCGAGUUGAAGAACAUCGCCCCUCUCACAAAGGACAGCACGGAAUUCGAAGCUGUUGCCAAGUACGCAAGAGAAACUCAUGGUACCACGCAUCACUUCGGCGCUGAGGUUGUGGAUGUGUUCCGUGUCGAGAGGCAUGGUGAGAAGGAGGCCUGGGAGGCUGCUGGCUGGGAUAAGCUGGCCGAUGGGGACAAGAUGUUGCUGUGGCACGGAUCUCGCGCGACCAACUUUGGCGGUAUCCUCAAGCAGGGUUUGCGGAUCGCGCCGCCCGAAGCACCAGUCUCGGGGUACAUGUUCGGCAAGGGUGUCUACUUCGCAGAUAUGAUGUCCAAGUCUGCUGGUUACUGCCACUCGUAUCUCUCCGACAGAACCGGCCUCUUGCUGCUUUGUGAAGUUGCCGCGAAACCCUUCUUGGAGCUCACCCACGCGGACUAUAAUGCUGAGGACAAAUGCGCCGCAGCGAAGGGCUUAGCGACAAAGGGGCUAGGUCGCAUGGCUCCCGAUGUAUGGGUUGACGCUGGUGCUAAUACCGGGUGGGAUGAGCUCAACGGCACGGUUAUGCCUGGCGGACCUGGGAAAGACCUCAACUUAGCCACCGUUUUUCUUCACUACAAUGAGUACAUCGUUUAUCAGCCCCAUCAGAUCCGGUUGCGGUAUCUCCUGAGGUGUAAGAUUGGCUGAGGAUUCUGCCUGAAGCUGAU